AUGGAUCAGUUAAAAACGAAAGAUGAAAAUGGAAACUCGGAAUACUCGUUUCAAAUCACUUUAGACAUUCGACAAGUUGCUAAAUGGAGAGAAGAAGAAGAAUAUCACACGGAAGUUGAGAUGCCUGGUCCGAAUGAUGUUUUCUUAAAAUUAGAAGGCAAGAGGAUAGCAGUCAAUAGACGGUUUCUUGCUCAUCACGUCAAAUUCUUCUCCGGAAUGUUUUUUAAUGAAAACUUCAAGGAAUACAGUAAAGAAGAGAUUGAAAUCAAUACAGUAAGCUUCAAAGAGAUGAAUCUUUUCCUAGAUGUUCUGUAUCAUGGAACCAAAUUAUUUGAUGUAUCUGAAUAUUAUCAUGUUCUUCGAAUGGCAGACGAAUGGAUUUGUGAAAAAGUGAUAGGUAUUCUGGAGAAAGCAGUAAGAAACACUGUCUGUCAGUGUGUGAAUAAGAAGAAACUGGAAAAGAAGUUUGGCUUGAAAAUUCAUCCACAACCGACAACCAAUCCAGAAUCGCUGAAACGAGAAGCAAUCAAUCAAAGUGAUUUUCAAUCUGAAAUCAAAAAACAACGGGUCGAAAAAUAA